UGAAAAAGCAUUGUAGUGAAUUCAUCAUAUUAAAAGAAUACGAUAUUGCCAGCAGAGAAGAACAAUUCAAGUUGUUGGGCAAGGCCGAGUAGAAAAAACGUUUAGAAAGUAAAAUCGAUUUUACUUUUCGAAAUAUUUCUUCUUUGUCAAAUAUCUUGAACAAUUUCUAAAGGUAACAAUACCCGUCGAUAUAUAGUGAUCCAGAAAAUUUUUCAAAUAUACAUUAGAAAAAAAAAGAGAAACGCUUUCUCAAUCUAACUUAGCCUUCCUCAUCGAGUCUUAAGGCUAUAUAUUCCCUUUAAAAAAAAAGAAAAAGGAAUUCGAAAGGAGACUAUUCUUUUUAAGUGAUAUUCACUUCCCUUGUAAACCUGAUAUUGGACUUCAAAACGUUUAUUUUCUCUCCUUAAAGACAAUUCCUCUUCUGGAGUAUUGUCUAAUCAUUUGAACUAUGUCUUCUAAUUAUCCAAAAUGUGUUGUGUUUGAUUUGGAUUAUACGUUGUGGCCUUUAUGGAUUGACACUCAUGUUACACCACCCUUUCGGGCUGCGAAAAAUGAUCCUCAAGUCAUCGUUGAUCGGUAUGGGACCGAUAUAACAUUUUACAAAAACGUCACCAAUAUCCUUCAGGAAUUGAAAGAUGCAAAUGUUAAGCUUUGCAUUGCAAGUCGAACCCAUGCUCCUAAGUUUGCGUACCAAGUACUGAAUCUGAUGAAGGUUCCUAUCGACGGAGAGUUGCAACCGGCUUCAAGGUUCUUUUCCAACAUUAAAGCAUUUCCUGCAACCAAAAUCGAUCAUUUUGAGCAGCUUCAUAAAGAGACGGGAAUCAAGUACAAGGACAUGCUUUUCUUUGAUGAUGAAAGUCGUAAUCGUGUAGUUGAAUCUCUUGGUGUUACUUUUUGUUUAGUUCCCGAUGGCCUCAAUCGUGCUUCUUUUGAAGAAGGCGUCAGGAAAUGGCAGAAAAACAGAAAAUAACUUUGUUGAAACUCUUACGUUUACUUUUACAAUGUUCCAAAAAUCAAAAUAAUGGAUGAAUUAUUCCAAUCGUAAUGAGAAAUCUUUUACAUAGUGUAGCUAUAUUUCAAAGCAUUUGAACACCCUGCUAUUUACAGCAUUUUACCAGCAAUGGGUUGUUUUUACCUUCUACAAAAGCAUAUUAUCUUUUUCACGUCUUACGUUAUUCCUUUAACCAUUCCAUAUAUUCAUUUCCUACCCAAGAAAACUUUUCCC